AUGGCGACCAAAAAACAAGUCACACUCACGGCCAGGUGCCUCUGCGCGGCCAACACCUUCACGGCCAACACACCCGCCGACUCUCUCCCACUCGAGGCCGGGUGCUGCCACUGCGACUCGUGCCGCCGCCUGACGGGCAACCUCUACAGCGUCUGCGCGCCUUGGCCUGUCGAGCCCGACCUUUCGGGACUGCGCCAGUACAACAUGUCGUCUCGCAUCUCUACCUUUUCGUGCGGCAGGUGCGGCAGCACUCUGUUCUGCCGGGUCGCGGGCCUGGAAUGGAUCUACGUCAUCCUGGGAGUGGUGGAUGCCGACGACCGUGCUGCCGCGGUCGCCAAGUACGGGUCCCACAUGUGGGUCGGCGACACGCUGGACGGCGGGGCGUCGGGAUGGAUAGAGAGGAACGUCGUAGGCGGAGAGGAGAUCAAGCGGUGGAUGCAGCACCGUGGAGAGGAGGAGUUGCAGAGAGGCAGGGGGUUGGAUUCCGUGACGACUCGACAGGAGAGAGGCUCGGCGGUGCCAGCACAGACCCCGAUCGGGUGCCACUGUGGCGGGGUUGCACUUGUGCUGAGGAGCGCAGCGGACCUGAAAGCCGAGCGCGGGCCGGUUCCCGACUGCGUCCAGCCGGGGACUUUUCGAUACCGGGCCGGCCUGUGCGCGUGCGAUUCGUGCAGGCGGGCUUCAGGUGUGGAAGUCACGCCGUGGGCGACUGUUCCCUUGGCACACAUCGAGGCCGCCGGUGUGACUGGUUUCCCGGCGACGAUUCAUGAUCUCAAGGAUGCGGUUGAUAAGGGGCAGUUCGGAAGCCUGACAUAUUUCAAGAGCUCGGAGAAUGUAGAGCGGUACAGAUGUGGCGUCUGCUCUGCUGGGGUGUUUUGGGCGGUUCACGACGAGCCUGAUACAGUCUGCGUUGCAGUGGGUGUGCUGCAGGGCGACGGCGGUGCUAGGAAAGAGGGGUUGCUGGCGUGGGAUUUCAAAAGGGGCGUUUUGUUCAAGGAAGAUGUCGCAGGGACAUGGAGAGAGGGUUUUGUACAUGCGCUUGAGCAGAGCGAAGAAUGGCGGAAGCGGGUUGCUGAAGAGGAGAGCUAG